ACCUUUUUGAGCUAUCAUGUUUGCAGACAGAAUCACACCCACAUAAUCACUACCAAAAACAUCACCUCCAUGGCAGAGAAGGUUUAUGUUAGUAUAGAAAGAAAAGUACGUGUGAGGAACACAGUUCCUAGUUACAGUUCUGAAAGUAAGCCUACACCUGACAUCUAAAUGUAUCUUUGGUGCUGUCAGUUCAGUAUUUUCAGGUGUGCUCCUGACUUGAUGGAGAGCUAAAGUCCAUCAGAAAGAGGUCAGAGGUAAAAGGUUUGUGAUAACCUACAGUUGGAUGCAUCCAGAAUGCAUAAAGAGGAUCACACAUCUUCAGUCCCCAAAGCACUUUUGUAGUGUUGCUGACCACUCAAAGUGCUUUACACUACAAGCCACAUUCAGUUUUUUCACACAGCACUUUAUGCUGCGCUCUAUGCUGUGCUCUUUCAGCCACACUCAUGGCUAAUUCAGAUUCAUCAUUGAAUCUACCCUGAUGUAAAUGAAAUAAAGACAAACUAAACCUCUGCAGGUGCACGCUGUCUAGUGUUUGUCAAGCAAAAAAUUUGAUUAAUCAAACAGACUAAUGCGGACAACUGAUGAUAUGCCACCUCCUAACCCUAAAAAUAUCCUUGGUUGAAUAUAGGACCAUUCGCUAUUGAUAAAAGUUUAUCCAAUAAGUUCUGGCAUAUUUAUCUUUACACUGAUCCUGUACUUCAGUGAGCAGUGAACCAUUAAUACAUUUCAGCAUGCUGCUUCCACUAUGAAAUCUUUUGUCCAUUUCUCCUUUAUUGUUUUAAAGACCAUUUAAUAUGCAUCACUGCUCCAUCCAUUUCAGCCCAAAUUAAAGCUGUAAAGGCAAAUACAACCUAACCUGAUGUAUGAUGUUGGAAGGCUUUAGUCUUGAAUAUCUGGGAUCUACCUGGCUGCUAAGAAUUAGACAAGAGAACUUUGGUUCAAAUCUAUUUGGGUCAGUUGCCCCUCAGGAUAUUCUAAAAAUGCUGCCCAAUUAGUAGAGCAAAUUAUCUGUGGCCGUGCCCCCUGGAGCUUGCAGGUAGAGAGAACGUGUGCUGAAAACCUGAAACUCUGCACAGCGCUGCCUGUGUCACUGUGAAGAUUUCUGCUGUUUUGUCCAUUUCUCAAGCCCACAUUCUAGAGGCGAUGAUCUCUGUUGGAUAGUAAAAAUGUUUGUUGGUAUUUUUCCAGAUGGAUUUGUUUGCCUAAAGGUUGUUUUUGUUCUUAUACAGAGGGAAAAUCACUCAGAGAUGAUGAAAUCUUACAGAAUCUACCAGUGGGGACCACUGCCACCAUGUAUUUCAAAGAUCUUGGUCCACAAUUAGGCUGGACUAUGGUGUUUCUUGCAGAGUAUAUCGGGCCCCUUCUGAGCUACCUCCUCUUCUAUUUUCGAAUACCCUACUUUUACUCAAACAGAUAUGCACUUAGUUCCAGCCCCCACCCUGUUGUCACACUGGCCUGCGUCUGUCAUACCUUCCACUACACGAAGAGGCUGAUAGAGACAAUCUUUGUGCAUCGCUUCUCACAUGGGACCAUGCCUCUCAGGACUAUAGUCAAGAAUUGUGCCUAUUACUGGGGUUUUUCAGCAUGGUUGGCUUACUAUAUCAACCACCCUCUCUAUACGCCUCCAUCAUACGGAGAACUGCAAGUCAACUAUGCACUAAUUCUAUUUGUGAUGUGUGAAAUGGGCAACUUCUCCAUUCACUUGACUCUGAAUAAGCUCAGGGGAGAUGGACCCAAGGGUAGAAGAUUUCCUAUGCCAAAUAAGAACCCCUUCACCUGGCUUUUCUUCUUUGUAUCCUGCCCAAAUUACACAUACGAGGUUGGAGCUUGGGUGAGCUUUUCUAUCAUGACCCAGUGUCUGCCAGUGGCAUUUUACACAUUACUGGGGUUUAUUCAGAUGACCAUCUGGGCCAAAGGAAAGCACAGAGCCUACAUCAGGGAAUUCAAGGACUAUCCCAGUCUCCGAGUGGCUAUUAUACCUCUGAUUCUUUGAUAAUGGUUAAAGCAUGAACCUCAUACAAAGAAACAAAGAA